AUGAAAUUGAAGUUAAUCAUAUCAAUAUUCUUAUUACCUCUCAUAUCUUCUGCCGCGCUAGUCGAUCAAGGACAAGUUGUUUUAGAAGAUAUCCCCACAGUUGAAGAAGGCGCAAGUGUUGCAAGAACAUUAGUUAACAGAGAAUCAUUAGUUAAUGUGAAUACAAUCAAAUCAAUCAGAAAUGGAGAUGAUCGUAUCAGACAUCUUCCAGUUUCCUCGAUGGAAUACUAUGCUGAUUGUGAUGCUGAUGGAGAUCCAUAUUGGUUAGUCAUUGAUAUUGGUGGAACAAACCAGAAUAUUAUCAAAGGGUCUGACUAUUCAUUUACGAUUAGAGAUGGAGAUCAUCCAAACAAUGAGAAAGUAGAUGAAAAUUAUCCUGGUCGUGUUCAAGGAUCACCUGCAGGAUCACCCAGGGUUCAAUUGUCUGGAAAAUUAAGAAAAAUCACAUUUAAUAAUCCAUUUGAUCAAAGAAAACUUGCUUUAGAGAAGUGUUUUCUUUUAAGACAUCCAGAUGCCGUCAUGUGGUUGCCUAGUAAUGUUGUAUCUCCACAUAAAUCCCAUUGGGCUAAGAUAAUGGUUGAUGGUGUUUAUCUUAUUGGUGGAUUUGGUGAUCGAGCCUAUAUUGGGGAGAUCGAUGCGGAUUUAUAUCACUCAGCUGAUAUAAUUAAUUAA